CGUCUGUCCUUCCCGGGGGUUUCUUUCCACUUCAUUCUCUGAAGCUGGGCCAGACGCGUAUUUUAGACAGUUACUGCCGUCCGCCCCCGGCCUGCUCUAUGCGCCCCCUGCAGCCAAGACUUGGCGUGGCCCGCCGUCCCUUCCCUCCUUUCGUCCCACCGGGAGAGGCACAUACUAACCUGACAUAAUGGCGACAAGCGGGGAGGAAACCCGGCCUGGCGAUGUUUGGAAACUUCUUCGAGCGGCCGCUGCCAGCUCCGCCCCUGCGAGCUCUGACGGGCACGUCCUGCUUCUUCUCUGGCAGGCAGAAGGCUCUCCGGCUGCGCGGCUCAGGUUGCAGGCAGGCCUCGUCCACGCGGCUCUCCGGCAAGCCUGCCAGAAGGGCCGCAGCGACGGGAGGAGCAGUUGCCGUCUCCCCGGUCUGCGCCCCGCCGGCAAGGGUGGCAAGAAACUUUUCUCUCGCUCGCUCGCUCUUUCUCUCUCUCUGCUUCCGCAAGCCCCUCUCCGGACUUACACAUGGCAAGAAGGUGGCGGGCUUUUCCUUCUCACUUGGCUGGGGAGCAAGAGCCCUUCUCCCUUCCCCAGCGCAGCGAGGAGCUGGAGGUGGAAGCUGUUGUAUUCCCAGUGCCAUUAUUAGGGCCUUCCUAUGCAUAAUUUACAGCUGGUAUAGCAGAGUGGGGAGGAGAGCCUGGCUGGGAGUCCAGAGUCUCUCGUGUUUUCUCUGGAGAAGGCAGCAGCAGAAGGACCAACAAAGGAGCCCAGCAGCUGCAACCUCCUCUCUGGGAGCCCUCAUGCAUUUUCACUUAGCAUUACAUGUGAACCAGCUCACUAAGCUGAAUGUGUGGAAGUCAAGAACAGGGACAGCUCACACGAUUCUGCUUCCCUUCCUCCAUUCGUUCACUGUUAAUUCUAAAAAGUGUUUUAAUCUGGUAACUGACUGAAAACCUCCAACUGUAUUUAACAGAAAAUGAAUUCAGACAAAAUGGUGCCAUCUUAAUGGUUGUCUCUCCAAUAAAGUGUCCCAAAGCAACAAAUAAGAAAGUACACAUUUAACAUCAAGACUGAAGAAACAACAUGCAAAAGUGUAGCUAUAUAAAAAUUUCAAACUGCAAUCCUAUGCACACUUACAUGUAAGUC